AUGAGCAAAGCCUUCAGGUCUGAGGGUCCCUCCGUCCUGGGGCGCAGCCUUUGGGUCCUGGACCCCUGCUGGGAGUCAGAAGGAGCAAGGACCGAGGGUUUGGACCGCGGCCAAAAAACCCCCUUCCUUCCGUCGGGACCCCCAAAACCGGGAAGCGGUGCUGGGGGUGGGGGGCGGCAGCGGAGCCCAGAGCAGCCUCCCAGCUGGCGCGCCCGCGGGCCCCGGGCCUUCCCACGGAGCGCUCGCACUUCGUGCUCCUUCGUGCUUCUGGCCGAGCCGCGACAGACCCGGACGCGCGCCCCGGGAAAAGGGGGCCCUCGAGGGAGCUCCCAGUCCCAGGGCCCACUGGAGUUGGGGAGCAAGCCCCCUGCGCUUGCAUCUCCCACCGUGGAGACCGCAAGGGGGAACGUGGCACGUUCCGGGGUUACCCGGAGGACGGACCGUGCGGUUUUCCGCGGGGCCCAGGCGCGGGAUGUGGCCACGCUCAGGCCCCCGCUCCUCCGCCCGGCGGGGCCCGAGCUCGCCGGCGCCCCCACCGCCCUCGCGCCGGCGGCCGCGGCCCCGGCCCCUUUCUUCGGCGCGGCUUCCCGAGGGGCUGGGCCGGGAGUGAGUGGCCCCGCGCCCCUCCCCUGCACGGAGAACAUCUUUAUCCCCGCGGCCGCCGCCGCCGCCGCCGCCGCCCGGGCCGCAUUCACGCGCCCUGGCUCCGGGCGGAACGAAUCAAUCGGCCGCGGCUCUUCGGAGGUCGUCCUCGCCUCCCGGGCCCCCCUCACCCCCGAGUCCACGGGAGUGGAGAGACGGAGGCGGCGGCGGGCCGACGGAGGGACAGGGCGCGACCUGGAGGGGUGGCCGGCCCGGGCGGGCCAAGAGGGACUCCGGGCCCCGCAGCCGCCCGGGCCCAGCUCAUCUCUACUCGUCGCCCGGGGCGGGACGGAGCGAAGGGGGGACGGGGCCGCGGCCCAAGCCCGGACGUCGAUCCUGCGUCCCCUCGAGGCCCCAGCGCGCGCCCGUCCCGCCCGGCGGCCGCACGCGCGAGGCCCGGGAACGCCCCAGCGGGACGCGCGGACGCGGAGAGCGGGUCCCCGGCUCCUGCGCCCUCGCUCGGCGGGCCCGGCCCGGCCACGGCGCACGGGUCCCCGCCCCUCCCGCCUCGCCGGCCCCCGAGGCGCAGAGAGCAGCCCAUUGUCCGCCGGGAAAGACAUUUUGGGGGGCCGGGUGGAAGCCCGUCUUUCUUCUGAACUUUGGAAGGAAGUCUCCUGCCCUCGCCCCUCGGAGCUCGGGGACGUCUGUCCCCUCCCGGGCCCCGCGCCCCUCCUCCUCCCGAAACAUCUGCCGGGGAACAUCCCCCCCGGAGGGUAUCGAUCGGGCCGGAAUGAGCGCGAGGCAGCAAGGGCGAAGCAAGCGGCCGCGCCGCCCCCGGAGCCCCCACCCGGUCCCCAGCGCCGCGCGCCGCCGCCCGUCCCCGCCCUGCUCGGUCGCCGCCGUCGCGCCCCCCGGCCCGUCGCUGCCCCCGUCCCCUUCCCCUGCGCUCUGCGCCGUCGCCCGCGCCCCGGCCCCCUCCGGCUCCCCCCUCCCCGCCUCUCUUGCUCCCCGAGUCUCAACUUUCUUGUCCCUAUUCCCGUCGUGGCCGAGGAAAGUCCUUCCUCGCGUGGGGUCCAUGUGUCCCUCUCCACCCCCCACCCCACGCCCCAAGUUCCCACAGGAAGGUUCGGGGCUCCAGGCGCCCCCGCCGGCGCGUGCAGAGGCGCGAACGGCUGCCGAGGCAGGUGGGGGGGGCGCGCCGCAGGGACGGUCUCAAUAGACGGGACCCGGGGCUGGGCCUGCGCGGGAGACACGGCCUCCCCCCCCACACCCACCCCUGCCCGAUCUAAUGAGCCUUCGAUGCCCGAGAGAGACAAAAGCGCGCCCCGGGGAGCCCACGUCGAGCGAGUCGGCGCGGAGCCGGCGCCGCAGCCGGCAGGUGACUGGCACGCGAGUUCCCCGGGCUCCGAGGGCGGGGCGGCCGCUCCCCUGCGCCUCCCGGGCUCCCCCCUUCCCCCACCUCCCAUGCCCAGGCCCCCAGGUCUGCCGAUGCCAGCCCGGGAGGAUCAAUGCGGCUAG